CAUUACCAUAGUAAACGAAUUUCAUAAGAGCUCGCCUACUGACCUUGCUUUCCUUAGUACCGUUCCGCGUUUCGAUUCGUGGUUAAGAUAAAAUCACGAACCAGAAGAUCUAGCGAUACACGUGAAUAAGAAGUAGAAGCAAUUCGAUCGACUGGAACGCUACCGACACUCCAGGAUAAUUAAUCGAGCAAUUCACGGCCUACAAAUGUUUUCGUCUGUCGUGAGCAAAGUUGUUCGGCGCUCGUUUUCGACAUCAAAAUGGACUGCCGCACAACAGAUGACUGUACGAGAUGCUUUGAACUCGGCCUUGGACGAAGAAAUGGAACGAGACGAAAAAGUAUUUUUACUUGGCGAAGAAGUGGCACUCUACGAUGGAGCGUAUAAAGUUAGCAGAGGUCUUUGGAAAAAGUACGGAGACAAACGCGUGAUCGAUACUCCCAUUACCGAGUCAGGAUUUGCUGGUAUCGCCGUUGGAGCUGCUAUGGCUGGACUACGUCCGAUUUGCGAGUUUAUGACAUUUAAUUUCGCCAUGCAAGCGAUCGAUCAGAUAAUCAAUUCCGCUGCGAAAACAUUUUACAUGUCUGCUGGCAGAGUAAACGUACCUGUCGUGUUUCGUGGACCAAAUGGAGCUGCAGCAGGUGUAGCGGCACAACACUCGCAAUGCUUCGGUGCCUGGUACAGCCACUGCCCUGGUCUGAAAGUGGUAUCUCCUUAUAACAGCGAAGAUGCCAAAGGACUGCUGAAAGCUGCCAUUCGAGAUCCCGACCCAGUCGUUGUAUUAGAAAAUGAAAUUUUAUACGGUCUUCAGUAUCCCAUGUCCGACGAGGCUUUAUCGAAAGAUUUUCUUCUUCCAAUUGGUAAAGCGAAAAUCGAACGUGUCGGUAAACACGUAACAUUAGUAGCACAUUCGAAAGCAGUCGAACAAGCUCUCGAAGCAGCAAACGAACUCGCGGGAAAAGGAAUAGAGGCAGAAGUGAUCAAUCUCAGAUCUUUACGACCGCUAGAUAUAGACACCAUUGUACAAUCAGUGGUGAAAACGAAUCACGUUUUAACCGUUGAACAAGGUUGGCCACAAUGCGGUAUCGGAGCAGAGAUUAGCGCUAGAAUUUCCGAAAGCGAAGCGUUCUAUCAUCUGGAUGCACCGGUAGUUCGUAUCACAGGCGUUGAUACUCCUAUGCCUUAUACUAAAACGUUAGAAACUAUGGCUCUACCGCAAAUGAAUGAUAUUGUAUUCGCGGUAAACAAAGUGCUAGGUUUAUCCCAGUAGUGGUAACCAACCAUUUGUAUAGAUCGCUAGGUAAAAUUACAAUUGCCCCUCGAAUCCUUGUACCCUCCUCUUCAGUCGUAUGGCCUCCCAUAGGUACCUCUUUAAUUACAAAAUAAGUACAAAGAUUUAACGAUCAUAGGAUAAGUAGUAGAGAAUUGUUUCAGCGAUAGUGAACACGUUCGCGACUCGUGGUAAUCAACAAGUAUACCAUGAUUCGUACAACAUACAUCUAUGCAAAUGAAGAAAAAGAAAAAAAAAGAAAAAAAAAGAAAAGAAAAAACGAAACAAAACAAAACAAAAAACAAUGUGUUCGUUCGAAUUUUUCAAUUAGUGCGUGUGUGUAUGCGUCUAUGUGUGGAAGUGACCGCGCUAUCUCGAAAGAAAUAACAGUACGAGCAUUGAAAUGAAUAGUAUCAAUAACCAACAACUCUUACUUUUGAUACAAAGUCAAUCGAGAGUACAGAUUUACUGCUACAUGUAUAUAUGUAUACGUACAAACCAGUUUGAAAAUAAUUCGAAAAUUCUACGUUCAGCUAUGAUAUGCAACUAACAAUAAAUUGUAAAAUUGUAAAUUA